AUGUCCUUGUGCCAGAACCGUCUUACGGAGGAAAGGAAGCAGUGGAGACGAGACCACCCUUUCGGAUUCUACGCCAAGCCGCACCGAACUCCUCAAGGCACUCUCGAUCUGAAGAGAUGGGAAUGUGGUAUCCCCGGAAAGGCGCAAACACUGUGGGAGGGUGGACUUUUCAAGCUCGAUGUGACGUUUCCUGAUGAGUAUCCCACGAAACCGCCAAAGUGCAAAUUCGUCCCUCCUCUCUUCCACCCCAACGUCUACCCCUCCGGCACCGUUUGUCUCUCCAUCCUGAACGAGGAGGAAGCGUGGAAGCCAGCUAUCACUAUCAAGCAGAUCCUUCUCGGUAUUCAGGACUUGUUGGAUGACCCCAACCCGGAGUCACCGGCGCAGGCGGAAGCAUACAACUUGUUCAAGAAGGAUCGCCCUGCGUAUGAGAAGCGCGUGAGACAAGUCGUGCGGGAGAAUCCAGCUCUUUAA